AUGAAAUUCUUCAACACCUUCGUAUCGGUCACCAGUGUUCUACCGCUCAUUGUCGAGGCCAACAAGAACACUCUUUUCGAGUACUUAAUGUGCGAGCAAAACCCUGAAGAGGGCGGUUUUGUCAAGAGACAAUUUGAGGACGAGAUCCUGUGUUGGAGUAAAACAACUGAACUCGGUCGACAGAUGCACCUCAUAUCUGGCUUCGAGUCUAUGAUUCAAGAGCGUCCCUCUAUAGAAUCUUACGCUGUUCAAAGGGUCAAAGGCAGUUUUAUGCAUACAACCCGACCCAGCACCUUUACCCUUAAGAACAGUUUUACUUAUCGUGAACACCUUUGGCCCACCGGACCCCACACGCUCACGCAAGAUAGAGAGAGGGAUUUAGUGAAGGUCGUUCUAGUUGACGAGAAUCCACCAUCUGAACUAAGCCUUGAUCUCACUCGAGUUCAACCACUUUUGCCUGAAGACAAGUCGGUUCGGAAUGUAUCGUUAUAUGGUGAUACUGAUAAAACAAUUAAAGUCCUACUGAGAGACCCACGUGAAGGAGAUAAGAAGGUCUUCCUCUUGGCUAGAGAAAGAUCACAUGGUUCGACACACCAUGUAGAACUGGAGGUUGAUGGUUAUCUAUUGACCAGCCCUGUUGGCAACUUUAAAGGAACCUUCUACAUCUUGAGAAUUGAAGAGAGGGAAUAUGUUAUCCUACUAGCACAGUUUUCGGAUAGAGGCGAGAAGCGUAUUAAACUUUUUUGA